CCCAAGCAAAGUAAAGGAGGUUGGGGGAGGGGGCGCAGUGGGAGGAGGGAUAGAAGACAAAAGCCGAAAGCGAGGAGUGCCCGGCCGAACACUCGGGCCACCGGCGCCGGUUGGCUGCAAUACACGGGGGAUCCCGGUCGGUAGGCAGCAUGGGGAAGGGGGGGAACCAGGGCGAGGGGGCCACUGAGCGCGAGGCGCCGAUGCCCACCUUCAGCUGGGAGGAGAUUCAGAAGCACAACCUGCGCACCGACAAGUGGCUCGUCAUCGACCGCAAGGUCUACAACAUCACCAAAUGGUCCAGCCGGCACCCGGGAGGCCAGCGGGUCAUCGGGCACUACGCGGGGGAAGAUGCCACGGAUGCCUUUCGCGCCUUCCACCGGGACCUUGACUUCGUGCGCAAGUUCAUGAAGCCCCUGCUGAUUGGCGAGCUGGCCCCGGAGGAGCCCAGCCAGGACCGGGGCAAGAACUCCCAGAUCAUCGAGGACUUCCGGGCCCUGAGGAAGACUGCCGAGGACAUGAACCUGUUCAAGAGCAACCACCUGUUCUUCCUCCUGCUCCUGGCCCACAUCAUCGUCAUGGAGAGCAUCGCCUGGUUCAUCGUCUUUUACUUCGGCAAUGGCUGGAUUCCGACCAUCCUCACGGCCUUUGUCCUCGCUACCUCUCAGGCCCAGGCGGGAUGGCUGCAACACGACUACGGCCACCUCUCUGUCUACAAGAAGUCCACGUGGAACCACAUCGUCCACAAGUUCGUCAUUGGCCACUUGAAGGGCGCCUCCGCCAACUGGUGGAACCAUCGCCACUUCCAGCAUCACGCCAAGCCCAACAUCUUCCAGAAGGAUCCAGACGUGAACAUGCUGCACGUGUUCGUCCUGGGCGAGUGGCAGCCCAUUGAGUACGGCAAAAAGAAGCUGAAAUACCUGCCCUACAACCACCAGCACGAGUACUUCUUCCUGAUCGGGCCGCCGCUGCUCAUCCCCAUGUACUUCCAGUACCAGAUCAUCAUGACCAUGAUCGUCCGCAAAGACUGGGUGGACCUGGCCUGGGCCAUCAGCUACUACAUCCGCUUCUUCGUCACCUACAUCCCUUUCUAUGGCGUCCUGGGAGCAGUCCUUUUCCUCAACUUCAUCAGGUUCCUGGAGAGCCACUGGUUCGUGUGGGUCACACAGAUGAACCACCUUGUCAUGGAGAUUGACCGAGAGCCCUACCGUGACUGGUUCAGCAGCCAGCUGGCAGCCACCUGCAAUGUGGAGCAGUCCUUCUUCAACGACUGGUUCAGCGGGCACCUCAACUUCCAGAUCGAGCACCACCUCUUCCCCACCAUGCCCCGGCACAACUUCCACAAGGUGGCCCCGCUGGUGAAGUCCCUGUGCGCCAAGCACGGCAUCCGGUACCAGGAGAAGCCGCUGCUGAGGGCCUUGCAGGACAUCGUCGGGUCCCUGAAGAAGUCCGGGGAGCUCUGGCUGGAUGCCUACCUGCACAAAUGAAGCCGUAGCGCCUGGGUGCCCACGGGGGAGGGGGAGCAGGUGGCGAUGAUGGCCAAAGGGAGGGGUGGGUUUUUGUCCUGAGGGGUGUCCACAAGGCUGGGGUACAUGCAGUUCACUGAUCCCAUUUUGGGUCUUUCUCCUGGUUCCCUCUCAAUUUUUCUUUCACUUCGACCUCCAGUACCCAUUCUGGGGCCUGCCUUCCGUCAGUCCCUCCCCACCGGGAGCGGAGAGACUCGGGGAUCCGUACCGCCUCCACCCUCUGACCCUAAACGUCUGCUGGAUGAGAGGUCCAGAGAUGCAUUUGGCCCCCCCGCAGCAGCCUGGCCGUCGGGCCUCAUACUCCCUCCAUUCUCCCUCAGCCCCGUGUCCAGUCCGAGGCGCCGGGUCACUGUGGCCCCCUGACCCUGCAGGCCCGGCUCCGCCCUCCGACAGCGCCCACGGCCUGCCCUUUGUAAAGAGAGGCUCUGUGAUUCCGGGCUGCCACCAGCUCCGCCCUCCGGCUCAGGAAAAUGUCCUCCUCACUCCACUGGAGCCCUCUGACCAGGGCUUGGGCACGUCCGUCCCUCCACCUCCCACCCUCUUCCCACCUCCAGAGCCGCGACCUUGGGUCCAGGGGGGCCGUCCUGCGGGGGCGGGGGGGCGGACUCUGCAGAGGCUGGGGCCCAGGCCAGGGUCUGGAGUCUCAGCCCCAGCGCCCACCCCCACCCAGAUGUCUGUCCUGGCUGGGACGCUCCGAUUCAGGGGCACUCCAACCUUUCUCCAAAGUGGUCUGUGGCCUGCCGGGCAGCCCUGUCUGCCGCGUUCUCACGUCUUCUACUGUUUUUUUAACCUUUUGCUACAGGAUACAUUCUGAUGGGCUGGCGCUGGGGCUGGCGCUGGGGCUGGGGUUGACAGUCUGCUUUUGCCCACCCGCCCCUCGAGGCCUCCCGGGGCCGUGCUGUGGGUUGAGCUGGGCUUGCUCACGGAGGCCGUGGUGGCCGGCCUGUCACUGCCAGGGCCACCACUGUGGGGAGGGCGGUGGGGCAGAGAGGGAGGGAGCCCCAGAGGCGACUCCGAGGAGCCAGGGGACUGGGGGGGAACCUGAAGGGGGCCACAUGGGAAGUGCAGGUGAGAGGAGUUUGGGGCCGGAGGCCAGGGGCCGAGGGGACAGGAGAGUGGGGGUGGGAGGGCAGCCCGCCACCCUGGCCAGGGAUCCAGAGCUACUGCGUUUGGAAACCUAACCCACUAACCAAUACUCCGCACUGAGGCAGCAGCACAGGGCAGGGCCAGGCUCAGAGUGGGGGCCCUUGGAGGAGGGUGUCUCGUCCACCAGCUCUGGCCAGCCAGGAGGUACCAGCGUCCACUGCGGCAGACCUUCGCGUUUCCGUGGCAACGGGGGCCUGCCAGAGGCCCUGCUGCUGAGAAUACGCAGGCCCAAGGAGCUGUGUCCCUCCCGAGGCUGAUGGAUUCUUAGGGGACUGAUCUUAAUUUCUAUCUUGUUGCUCCCCCAGCCCUAUGUUUUUUGGAAAUAAGAGAAGUAAUUUUAUUCUUACGUC